AUGAGGAUGUGCAUAGACUACAAAAGGCUGAACAAAGUGACGAUCAAGAAUAAGUAUCUGUUACCAAGGAUCGACGAUUUACUGGAUCAAGUGCAAGGAGAAGCAGUGUUUUCAAAGAUCGAUAUGCGAUCAGGAUAUCAUCAGCUGAAGGUCAAGGAACAAGAUGUGCCGAAAACUACCUUUACAACAAGUGACUAUCGGUGCGGCAUCAAGUACCACCCCGAAAAGGCCAAUGUGGUAGCUGAUUCGCUGAGUUACAAGAGUAGAUCGGAAGAUUUGUCUAUUCCAUCAUCGGAAGAAGAACUGAAAAACCAUCAGAAGGAAGAUAACAAACUUGUUGAAGUCAUUAGGAAAGUUGAGAGGUUGGAAGGACCAAAAUACUUCAGUGUCAGAGGAGAUGGAACUCUGUAUUACAAGGACCAAAGAGUUAUCCUAGCAAAUCAGGAGCUAAAGGAUAGGGUGUUAAAGGAGGCUCAUAACACUCCUUACACAGCCCAUCCUGGUAGUACGAAGUUACUAGUUAAAGCAAAACAUCCGAAGUCGGCAGGUGAAUUACAGUCACUGCUAAUCCCAGAAUGGAAAUGGGACGAUAUCUCGAUGGAAUUUUUGGUGGGUUUUCCAAGGACCUCAGCCAGGAAUAACACUAUCUGGGUGAUAGUUGACCGUUUGACGAACAAUGCUCACUUCAUACCCCAUUACGAAUACUCAUUAUUUGGAAAGCUUAAUGUGGAUUUAUGUAUAAGAAAUUUUCAGAUUGCACAGAGUGUCUAA